AUGAUGACGCGGGGAGCCAAGCGCGCCGCGACCUCCGACCCCGCCGCACCCGAUUUACCAAGUAAGAGAGUAAUGGACGGACCCUCUUUUGAUGUUCACAGGGCGGAGUCUUCCCAUCAGCAUGUGAUGGCAGGACCCGCUACCUUAGAUCCUCGACGGGCUGAGGCUGCCAGUAAACAUGUGAGGGCACUCAAUACCCAGUUUGCGAGCUGGGUUCAAUUGCAGCUGCAAAAUCAUCCCGCUGAACUUUGGGAGGAUGGCCUUAAGGAUUACUUAUCGCAUGCAUCUGAAAUCAUGGAAAAAUUCAAGGAUGUUGUCAACUGGCUUAGGCAAAAUCAAGCAGGUUCAACAGUUGUUUCAUCCCCAAGCUCACUCAAGGAUGAGAAGUCUAAUCUGCCAGCAGCAGACGAUAGCAAGCUCUUGGUACAGCCAAGUUCAGAUAACAAACAGAAGACUCCAAUUAUAGCUUCUAGUUCUUCAUCUUUUCAGAAGUCAAGCUUACCAAACCUUUUUUCAUCGCCUUCUCAGCAAAAAACACCGGAUUUCAGUGGUAUCUUUGCUGACAAGAAGAACACGUCCAGUGAUAGCAGUAAACCACCUUUCCAAUUUGGUGGAAAUAAUGUCACAUUUGUUGAUAAGAAGGAUACAGCUGUUGACAGCAGUAAACCUUUCCAGUUUGGUGCAAAUAAUGGCAUAUUUGGUGACAAGAAGGAUACGCCUAGUGACAGCAAACCCUUCCAGUUUGGUGCAAACAAUGGCAUAUUUGGUGACAAGAAGACUACAACCGGUGACAACAGUAACCCUUUCCAGUUUGGUGCAAAUAAUGGUUUUCCAACAUCCAAUGCACCAUCUAUUUUUUCUUCAGUUCCUCAAAGUUUUAGCCCACAGAGUCCACCUCUGUUUUCGAUGAAUCAACAAUCAGUCCUCUCAGGAAACCAAAAUACUGCUCAAGCUUCAGCUGACGCAGAUGAAGAUGCUGAACCUGAGAAGCCAAGCAGCCCUUCUGUAAAGAAGACAGAAGAGAAAGGGGUAGUUGUUGUUCAUGAAACCAAAUGCAAGGUGUAUGUGAAGCAUGAUGAUGCCACUAAGGGUUGGAAAGACAUUGGUGUUGGUCAGCUCUCUAUCAGAAGUAAAGAAGGCGCAGAGAAAGCUUCCAAAGAAUCUACUCCUACCAUUGUUAUAAGAAACGAUGUUGGUAAAAUCCUACUGAAUGCUCUGAUCUACAAGGGGAUAAAAAUGAAUCUUCAGAAGAAUACAGUUGCUUCGAUAUUUCAUACUUCAGAUUCGCAGUCAAGUGAAUCAGCUGGUGGCACAGUCGUAGCUCGAACAUACCUGUUCCGGUUGAAAAAUGAGGAGGCUGCUACAAAAUUAUCGACAGCAAUCAAGGAGAACGCGCCCACAGACUGA